UCCUAAAUGGGAAACAUGAAAAGAAAUCAAUUGGGAUGGAAUGUCAGGGUACUUCUGGUAACUCCGAGGAUGAAUCUUCUACAUCUCAAAGACUCAAAUUGAUGUCGAGCAGCUCAAAAUGCAGAUGCAGAAACUCAAAAAGAAAUGAGGCAUGGGAAUGCUGAUAAAGGAAGAGAACUGAUGCAGAUGCUAGGAAGACUCACUGAACAGCUUGAUGAUAUAAAAUCCCAUGUUACCAAAGCAGACACAAAUUUUGAGUGUCAUGGAGAAGAUGAUUAUUGUGCAGAAACCUAUCUUCAAGAGGGUUGCCUUGUGCGAAGGCAGACCGGGUGCUUGGGUAUUGUUGCCGUGUGCGAAGGGUAUUUCUCUCUCUCUCCGGUGGUUGUAGAUCCGGCGGCUCGGGUGCGAAGGAAGGCUGGGUGCGAAGGUUCCUCAUGUAGAGGAUCCAAAUACUCUGGAAGAAACAUUUUUGUAAGUUUUUUAGCGAGUAGAGGAAGAAGUGUUGACGCAUGAUGUCUGUUCGGCGCCACCAACGCAUACCAGAUCUCAAGUUACUACUUGGAUACUUGCGCAACCGCUGCCAGCCUCCGUCGCUGCUAUUGCAAAUCCACGCCGCUCUCAUCACCACAGGCUACCUCCUCCCUUCCCCAUCCUCCCACCCCGACGACAUUCCCAUUCCCGGGCGCACCCCCACCACCUUCGUCUACAACAUCCUGAUACGGGCUUACCGAGGCCUCCCCCAUGCAUGUCUCAUUCUCUUCUCCCAAAUGCUCUCCCACGGCGUCCUCCCUAAUCACCACACGUUUCCUUCACUUAUAAAAGUCGUCGCCGCCACCUACUGCUGUACCUACUCCGUCCCAACCCUCCACUCUCAGGCCUUCCGCCGCGGUCUCACCCUCGACGGAUUCAUUAACUGCUCCAUAGUCGACUUUUACGCACGUGCUCAUGAUCUCGAUUCUGCACGAAAGACGUUCGAUGAAUUAUCCUAUCCGGACUUGGCCUCCUGCAACUCGAUCCUCCAUGCGCUAUGUCUCCACGGCAACCUUGCUUCUGCUCUUAGGGUGUUCGAUAGAAUGGUCGAUAGAGACAUUAUUACGUGGGCAAGCCUCAUCAAUGGUUACGCCAAGAAUUAUGAGUUUCAUUCAGCAAUUUCCCUCUUCAGACGAUGGAUUAUGCAGAAGGAUGUUCCUUUGACACCGAAUGAAGCUAUGUUGGUCGGCGCCCUCUCUGUGUUCGCCAAUUUGGAUGGUCUCGAUGCUCAAUUGAAUGGCCGGGAGAUUCAUGGUUACAUCAUCCGGAAUGAAGCCCCUUUGACAGCAUUCCUAGGGACUGCAUUGAUCGACAUGUACAACAAGCAUGGCCUUUUGUCUUAUUGCACGAGCAUAUUUAAAGCGACAUUGGAGAAGGAAGUCUGCACUUGGAAUGCAAUGAUCUCGGCUCUUGCUUGCAAUGGUAAGGCGAUUGAAGCCCUGAUCUUGUUUGAAGAAUUCAGAGCUGCAGACAUGCAUCCCAAUCACAUCACAUUUGUUGCAGUUUUAUCUGCUUGCUCUAGACAAAAGUUAGUAGAAAUUGGUUUAGAGUGGUUCAAGGCGAUGUAUUCCAGAUUUGGAGUGGUUCCAUUGAUGGAGCACUAUGGGUGUGUAGUUGAUAUUUUGGCCAGGGCUGGUUUCUUGAAGGAGGCAGUUGAGUUCAUCAGGAGGAUGCCUUUUGAGGCUGAUGCAUCAGUAUGGGGUGCACUUUUGGGGUCUUGCAAGGUCCAUGAAGAUGCACAAAUUGUGGAUAAUGUGAGGAAAGAAUUGGCUAGACUACACUUUGGGAGUUCCAGUCGUAAUAUGAUUCUCAGGAACUUAUAUGCUGCAGCUGAGAGAUGGAACGAUGCUGCAGAGCUAAAGAUUGCAUGGGAGAAAUCAGGGAUGAGAAAGCCCACUGGGCAUAGCUGGAUUGUUUCUUGAAAAUAUGUUGGAAGAAUGUAACUUUGGAUACUUGGGCAAACCAAGGAGAAACAGACUUGGUGAAAUGUACCUUCUGGCAGUUAGUAUCGCAAUAACUUUGGUUAGAUGGGAAAUGCCUUGCACUCUUCCUCUGAGAAAUUUGGUCAUGCUCCUGCAUCUAGGUAUGCAUUCCCCGAAGCAGAUUUUAUUAAAUAAAAUUGUAACAAGUUAGAACGUUUGAACCUUCACAUUUUCAGUUAUGCAUGCACAUAUUUAGAAAAAGAGAAAAAAGGAAGAUGGAAUAGUAUAAUGGAAAUUCAAAUCUGGGAAGAUGCCUUGCCCCUCCCCUCUCUGGCUCGAUCUGGGUGCGGCGAGGUGUGGCAGGGCUCCUCAGCCAUGGCCACGAGGCCGGGCACAUCAUCACACAUCUGCACUUUUCUUCUCUUCUAUCUGCCUUUGUUGAUUUUGUUUGGCUAGGUGGUGGAUUAGAUAGUGGCGAUUGAGUUUUUCGGCACAGUGCUGCGUUUCUUUGGGUUUGGAGUGGGGUUCGCCUUCGGCUUGGUUAUAGGUUACUUCCUGUUCAUCUUCUCCCAGCCCACCGAUGUCAAGCUCGACUUAACCCAUCUGCAGCAGUCCCUCUUAUUUGACCUUCUUCAGUUUAAGUUCAUUAGUGAACUUGACCUAGAGACCAAAGCUCUCCUAGAGGCAGCUCUGAUGGAAGGUAACAGAGAAAGGGAACUAAAGAUCCUGAAAGCAACAAAACAAUCCUUGACGUAUAAUGAUAUUUCCGAGGACCAUGAUGCUGAGCUAUAUUUGAUCUGCUUCUACCGAGAUUGCAACAUGGAGGUCCAGGACUGCAAGCAUCAGAUGUGUGCCCAUUGCAUACUUGCCUUGUGCUGCUAUGGCAAGUCCAACCUCACAACCUUGUGUUUGCCAUCACCUGUCUGUCCCUUUUGCCCAGCAACAUUUCAAAGCUGGUGAAGACCAUGACAACACCUCAAAGACCUCAAAGUACAGGAGGCCAAAGAGGAGGACCCAAAAUUGCAUCGAGGGAAGUAGUAGCUUCAGAUAUCUCUCUUCAGCUAUGGGAUCACUUGGAAAAAUAGGAAUAACUGAUACCAGUGACAUUGUGGAUAAGCUUUAGGUCUAUUGUAGUUCAAAAUGGUGCAAACAAGUUGUUCUAAAAUCUGAAUCAAAAGUAGAAGAAAGUCCAACAGUUUUUGUUCGGUAAAUGCUACAUGCUAUGUUGAGCUACAAGUGAUGCCAACUAUUCUGAAGAACACUAUUGAUGCAUUCUUAUCGUAUAGUAAAAUCCAGUACAAGCCAUGAGUGUGCUUCAAGAGGAAAGAACUGGUACAAUUGGUGAUUCAGUGUCCGAGUGCACAUUGAUUGAGGAAUCUUCUGGGCGUUGGCGAUCAUCAUGUUUUUUCUUCCAUGCAACUGAGCAUGGUAGAUGGGCCUAUUGUCUCCCUACUGUGUUUUCACUUAAGCUUAUUGACACUUGUCACAUGUUCUUUCACCUCUGUUUUUUCUUCUAGUGUAAUAAAAAGAUUGGAUACAUUGUAUUUGAUUGUGAAAAUUAAUUAGAUUUUGUUGUUAUUGGGAAAAUAUUUUUGUUGUGUUUGAAUGUAUUGUAUUUUUAAUACAUUUUUAUAAUAUUUUUGGAGAUAAUUUGUAUGUGAAA